GCUGGCUGGAGGAGCGAGGCUUCAGGCGGAGGACACCGCGCAUACAGCUCUUAAAAAGUUGUAUGGAAUCAUGGAGCUUCGUGGAGUCAACUUCCUCCUAUUUUUAUUUAUGAAUCAAGUUUUUAUCAGCCUCCAGUCGAAAGAACAAGUAUUGCUGGAUAUGAAGGCUUUAGGAUCAGAAUUAGGAUGGCUGACAUUGCCACACGAGAACGGGUGGGAGAUUGUCCAGACGGUGGUGAAUGGCUCACUUUUUUAUACCUAUAGUGUUUGCAGCAUAGACUCUGGUGAACAGGAUAACUGGCUACGCACGACGUUCAUUCAGCGGCGCCCUGGGAUUAGCCGUGUCUCUGUGGAGCUCCGUUUUGUUGUGCGAGACUGCAACACGUUUGAUGGUUCUUCCGUCGCCUGCAAAGAAACCUUCAACCUUUUCAUCUCGGAGGCCGAUGCCGAUGUGGGGACCAACUUCCGCAAAGGGCAAUUCCGCAAAGUGGCCACCAUUGCUCCUGAUGAGGUGACCCGAGGCCGCCUGCUGAAGGUCAACAUCGAGACGAAGACGGUUGAGCCCCUGUCCAAAAAGGGCUUCUACCUGGCUUUCCAGGACGUGGGCGCCUGUGUGGCCCUGCUGUCGGCCAGAGUGUACUACAAGACCUGCCCGUCCACCGUGCAGAGCUUGGCAGCCUUCCCGGAGACCGUGGCAGAUGCUCUGAAGGAAGUGGAGGGAGUCUGCGUCCAGAAUGCCAUCAGUCAGGCUUCCCCACGCAUUUACUGCACAGCUGAAGGAGAAUGGGUGGUUCCCGUGGGUCAGUGCCAAUGUCUCCCAGGCUACGAAACCACAGGGGACUCGUGCCAAGAAUGCAAACCGGGCUACUUUAAGCCAUCUGUUUCUACGGACUUAUGUCAAGUUUGUCCCGAUAACACCAAGCCCUCGUCAGCUGGAGCCACAGAGUGUGUGUGUGAGGACGGCUUCUUCCGCUCACCUUCAGACCCUCCGACAUCAGCCUGUUCCGCUCCACCCAGCGCCCCGCGUGACCUCACGUCCACCACGCUGUCGGUGGAGGGCCGGCUGCUGCUGUCCUGGACGCCCCCCCUGGUGACCGGGGGCCGUGAAGACCUCACCUACAGCGCCACGUGUGAGAUCUGCGACGAGGCCUUGUGCGUUCCCUGCGGUGACAGGAUCCGUUUUGAGACGAGUCCUACAGACUUUCAAGACACUCAAAUUGUCGUGAGUGAACUGGAUUCUCAUCUCAACUACACGUUCACCGUGGAGGCUCACAGCGGCGUGUCCCAGUACGGCACCGACCCGGCCUCCACAACCAUCACCACCGCCCUGGAUUAUACAGAUCCCCCAAAGGUGACGUCGAUCCACCUGGAUGAUCGUGGCCCCACCAGUCUGUCUCUGUCCUGGACUCUGUCUCGCAGACCUCCGGCCCACAUCAGUCUCCGCUACGAGCUUAUGUACCGCAGAAAGGAUGCUGAGGUGGAGCGUGAUGUAACCACAUACACAGUCCUGAUUUUGGAGAAAAACUUUGUUCAGAUCAAUGACCUCACUCCAGACACGACCUACCUGCUCCGAGUGCAGGCCCUGAGUGUAGGAGGCAGCCCCGGCAGCUACAGCGUUGAGCACGAGUUUCACACUUCACCACUGGCUGAGUCUCAGACCCAGAACAAGCCCACCAUGGUGCUGGGAGCAGUAGUCGGAGUGGCAGUAAUUCUGCUUGUUGUGGUGGCCGUCCUCCUUCUGCGCAGACGAAGGAUGAACCUUCAUGGCAGAGGUGGACCUGAGGAUCCCUGCUUUCACACUGAUCAACUUAAACCCCUGAAGUCAUACGUUGACCCACAUAUGUAUGAGGACCCGAACAUUGCCAUCCAGAAGUUUGUCAGCGAAAUCGACCCAAAUGCAAUCACCAAACAGAAAGUCAUCGGUGUGGGAGAGUUUGGAGAAGUAUUUCGAGGCGUUAUGAAGAUUCAUGGCAAAGACGAGGUGACUGUCGCCAUCAAGACGCUGAAGCCCGGUUACUCAGAGAAACAGAGGCAGGACUUCCUGAGCGAAGCCAGCAUCAUGGGCCAGUUCUCACACCCAAAUAUCAUCCGCCUGGAGGGAGUUGUCACCAAAUUCAAGCAUGCCAUGAUAGUGACAGAGUACAUGGAAAAUGGAGCUCUGGACACAUAUCUGAAGGACCACGAUGGUGAGAUUCCUUCGUACCAGCUUUUGGGGAUGCUGCGAGGAAUAGCCGCUGGCAUGAAAUACCUCUCUGACAUGAAUUACAUCCACCGAGACCUGGCAGCAAGAAACGUGCUGGUCAACAGCAGCCUGGAGUGCAAAGUGUCCGACUUCGGCCUGUCGCGGGUUCUGGAGGACGAUGCCGAGGGCACCUACACAACCAGAGGGGGUAAAAUCCCCAUCCGCUGGACUGCCCCCGAGGCCAUUGCAUACAGGAAGUUCACUUCAGCCAGCGACGUGUGGAGCUUUGGUAUCGUCAUGUGGGAAGUCAUGGCAUUUGGAGAACGGCCCUACUGGGACAUGAGUAACCAUGAGGUCAUGAAGGCUAUCAACGAGGCGUUCAGGCUUCCUGCCCCGAUGGACUGCCCCUCCGCUAUCUACCAGCUCAUGCUGCAGUGCUGGCAGCACGACCGCUCCAAGCGACCGCGCUUCACAGACAUACUCAACAUUUUGGACAAACUUCUCCGAAAUCCAGAAUCUUUAAAAACCAUUGCUGACUUUGACCCACGCGUCUCCAUCCGCCUGCCCAGCACCAGCGGCUGUGACGGCACCAUGUUCAGGUCGGUGCCCGAGUGGCUGGAAUCCAUCAAGAUGAGCCAGUACACGGACAGCUUUGCUCGCGCUGGGAUAACGUCCAUGGAGCAGGUGCUCGCUCUGCGGCACGAAGACAUCAGGAACAUUGGAGUGCGGUUGCCCGGUCACAUGAAGAGGAUAGCAUACAGCAUCCUGGGCCUGAAAGACGAGACCAGCUCCCUCAGCGUGUUUGCAGUGUGAUCUAAGCAUUCCUCCAAAUCAAAGUGCACUGACCGACCAUGCCAUUUCACUCAUGGAUGACAAGGACUAAAAUGGAGGGCUGAAACUGAGCCACACUGCAGGGUGGUUUUGUCUCCCUGUGGCCCAGUGUUGCGUGACUCAGGACGAGCCUCCAAACCGCUCAGAAAAGGACUGAGACUGGAAAAUAUGUUUCAUGUAACAGAAGAGGAUAAUUUAUCUUUGUAUGAAUAUAUUCAAUAUGUCGAACAUGAGCACGUCAUGCGAUGUGGUAAAUGAAAAUAUAUAAAUAGGAAAAAAAUGUGAGCGUGCUUGCGCUUGCAUUCUUGACUGAAAUAUUUGAAGCUCUUUGCAAUUAAGGGCAUCUUCUUACAAGCACUCGACUUAUCCUUCCAGCGUUUCUGGAUCCUUCAGUCUGUUUUUACUUUCUGUGAUUAAUGAGACUCGCUUUCAUAUUUGGAAUUGGUAUUCCACUCAGGGCAAAGAAUCAUAGAUUCUUAUGUUUUGCAGUUUCUGUGUCAAACCUCUUCAUUUGUUUGUUUACAUCAUGUCUUAAUACAACUCUGUUCAUUUUUAUUUAAUAUUUAUUUUAUUUUAUAUUUAUGUCAUUUGUUGUAUGAAAUAACUGACCUGACGCAUGUUUGCAAGGU